CUGCCCGGACACCGUUACACCCGUUACACCAGCUCGUCCUCCCUCAGAAGCAAUGACAGCCUCAAUAUGAAACAACCGGCUUUCGGACAUUAAUAAUUUCCUCGAAAACAGACUUCCGGAUGGUUGCCAAUCAGAUUUUUUAUUAUUGGAUUAACGAGCAUCAGCGGCCAGCCGCAGCUUUAUCCUGAGAGGCCGGAGAUUUGUGUCUGAGGGCAGGGAGGAGUCCUCCUUGUUAUUUCACCGCUAGCUGAAGCCAGGCCAGCAUGUCGGCGUUUUAACAACAUAUCUCAAACAUAAAGCUGUGGAGAGGAACCAAUGCACUCUUAGAGGAUGGAUGUGGAGGUGAGUGCUGGCAGGGACAGCACCUGGAGGAGAGCGGCAGCAGAUGAUGCAGGUGGAGGGGGCAUGGAGGCGCAGGUCGUACCGCUGGAGCUCUACGAUUCUGCAAGAGCCAAAAUAGACGCAAAUCUCCGCUGGUUGUUUGCCAAAGCUUAUGGUAUAGAUCACAUCCCUGCAGACCUGCGGGACCCCUUCUAUACUGACCAGUAUGAGCAGGAACAUAUCAAGCCCCCCAUCAUCCGCCUGCUGCUGUCUGGAGAGCUUUACUGCCGGGUGUGUGGGCUCAUUCUGCACGCUGAGCAGGCCGCUUCACUCCAAAGCCACCAGUCUGUCAUCCAGGCCCUGUCCAGGAAAGGCAUCUACGUCCUGGAGACGGACAACACACCUGUCUCGGAUCUGGACCUUAACUCCACUCCCAUCAAGAUGAAUUCCCACGUCCACCUGAUUGAUGCCCUGAUGAUGGCCUAUAUACUGGAGAUGAUCAGUGUAGAGAAGGUGGUGUCCAGUGUCAAGCGCUUUUCAAACAUCAGUGCCUCCAAGGAGCUGCCUUUUGACCUGGAAGACGCCAUGGUCUUUUGGAUCAACAAGGUGAACAUAAAGAUGAGGGAAAUCAUGGAAAAAGAGCUAAAAAUGAAGCAACACUUUCUGGAGUCGCCCAGUCACCAGAAGUCUCCCUCCAAAUGGUACUGGAAGCUUGUACCUGUGCGUUACCGAAGAGAUCACCUGUCAGGUCGGACAGCUCAACACUUUCCUCUGCUGGACGACCUGUUGAAGGAUGUGUGUGACGGCACGGCUCUGCUGGCUGUGGUGCACUUCUACUGCCCAGAACUCAUCAGACUGGAAGAUAUCUGUCUGAAGGAGGUCCCCUCCAUAGCAGACAGUGUUUACAACAUCCAGCUACUACAAGAGUUUUCUAAUGAAUACCUAAACAAAUGCUUCUAUCUAAAGCCAGAGGACAUACUGUAUUCUCCACCAGUACUAAAGAAUAACGUGAUGGUCUUCAUCGCUGAACUCUUCUGGUGGUUUGAAACUGUGAAACCAGACUUUGUACAGCCCAGGGACCUUCAUGAAAUCAGAGAUGUGAGAUUGCUGCUUCAGCCUAAGAGUUCACGCUCCCAUAUAUCCAUCUCCAACGUCACCAAGCGUAGUUUCCUGACAUCAUCAAACUCUGCUGACAUAUUGACCACGCCUCCGAGCCCGGACGUCAGCGCUAAACCAAGCUCAUUAAGCCCAUCUCACUCGUUAUUGCCCCUGAGACAGAGACAACAAAAAGUGGCGGAGGAGAGCACUUCAGAGCUGAGAAACAGGUCCAACUCUCUUACACGUGAUGUCCAGCAUCAGGGCUCAAUUCUGGCGUGGCCAGAGAGGAGGGCAAGGCCUUUGUCCCAGCCGGUGCCCCCUUACGCCCUGCAUUGUCCCCUGGAGGACGACGCAGACAGUAUCAGCCUUGCUCGCUCCAUCAGCAAAGACAGCCUGGCCUCUAAUAUAAUGAGCAUUACCCCCAAACACAUGCUAGGAUCAGGUCCUCAGCUGCCUCAGCUGGCUCAGCACAGACUCAGUGGUCAAAGCCUGUUAAGUCAUAUGCGCAUCGAGGACGAGGAGGAGGAAAUAGAAGAGGAGGAACUAGUUGCUGUAAUCCACCCUUCUGCAUUCUCUCGACGUCGACUUGGGAGUGACAUGGAGCAGGAUGAGCUGGAAAUCCCGAGUGCAACCUCCACCUCAAGGGGGUCUCAUACUCGUCGCUCUCCCCGCCCUGACAUUGGUCCCUUUACACACGACCGCCCUGCAGACAGCUACUAUCUGGAGCCUUUGAUGCCCGCCGUCCCUAAGCCAGCCAAAGAGAAGAGCAUCAGCAUGAACAAGGAGGAGGAGAGUGGCGAGAGUCGUUGUAGAGCAGCUGCAAGGAAAGCCACUAAUGUUCCAAACACCUCCCAGAGGAAAGCCCCUGAGUCAAACAGAAGCUCCUUUAUGCCCAUACCUGUGGCAGACUCAGUCGCAAGCUCUCUCAGGCCACCCACAGAGGGGUCGGCAGGCAUCGCUCACCCUGAGAAGAAGCAGACUUCAGGCUUUUUCCUUCAUAUGUCAGGAGAACCAGACCACCACGGUCCUUUCUCCACUACACUUGAGGCAGGGCAAGACUCUGACUCUGACAUCGCAGACCUUGAAGAAGACGAUGAGGAGGAUGAUCAGAUGGAGUUGUCUCGAGAGCUGGUGAGGAGAGGAAAGGGGAGAUACUUAGAGGAGGGAGAGCUGUGUGAAUUUGGUGAGGGUGAGUCAGCUAAACUGAGGGAAGACUUAAGGGAUAGUGAGCGGGACGAUAAGGAAGGCGGCAGCGGACGCUCGAGCCCUUGCCUCAGCACCAUAUCUUGGGCGAGCAGCUGCAGCGCUUCGGGAAGCACUAGUGUCAAAAUGACCAGCUUUGCAGAGAGAAAGCUCCUUAAACUUGGCCUCCGGGAGGGAUUUUCAAGUACGAGCAGCUCUCAGAAGACCACGCCAGAUGGCUCUGAGGUGGCUCCAUGCCCACCUUGGCAGCUGAGGAGUGACUCCACCUCUGGCUGGCUAGGGAAGGAGCCCAGUUCUGUACUGGGGAAGAGUAUCGUGGUGAGUCCCUCGGUAGUGCCUGCAGAGCUGCUGCAACUUCACAUGCAGCUUGAAGAGCAAAGACGAGCUAUUGAGUAUCAGAAGAAGAAGAUGGAGACCUUGUCAGCACGGCAGCGACUAAAGCUAGGCAAAGCUGCAUUUUUGAACAUCGUGAAGAAGGGCGGAGGACGGUGUGACACGCUUCCACUGCCCCUGAAGUACCCCCAGGAGUCCUCAGACCCAGCAGACAGGAGUAAAGUGAAGAGCCAGUCAUGCAAGGAUGACUCCUGUCUUGAUGCUCUGAAGGUGCAAGCAAGUCAAACAGAGGGAGGACAAAUGAGCAGGAACAAGUUAAACUCCUUGUCCCAGGAUAACGGUGCCGAGCCGGACUUGAACGAGUGUUCCCACUCCAUAGAUCUACUCAACGACGCUAUUAGUUCCAUUCAGCAGCAGAUGAUGCAGCUUUCUUUACAGCAAGACCUGCUGAUGAAGAGCGUGGUCUCACCUUCAGAACGGGUCGAAUCGAGCCCGAGCACAACCCCAAACACAACCCCAAACACCACCCCAAACACAACCCCAAACACAAUCCCAAACACAACCCCAAACACAACCCCAAACACAAUCCCAAACACAAUCCCAAACACAACCCCAAACGCUGCAACAGAAUCCUCUACCUCAGACUCCAGAUCAUUUGCAGUUCACUUCGUAGACAUUGGCGGCAGCAACACCGCCCCCACUCGCCGUCCUCCCAAGCUCAGCUCCAGCCAACGCAGCAAAACCUCAGAGCGAAAACAGAGUAAAGAGAACAGCAAGACGGCUUCUGUCAAGUCUCAGUCCCUGGAGUGCAGGAAAAAUUCUGAUGGAUCGCAGGACAGGAGUACUGUGGAGAGCUCCAGGCCAGACAGAAGCAUUCAGAGAAACGCCACCUUCAGAGUCCGCAGUGACCCCGAGCAACACAGCGAUGAAGAGGGAAGUGCGUGCUUUGUGGACAUCACAUCUCCCUCACAGGCUGCAGAACAAGAGGGGAACAAAGCUGCUGACUCUGGAAAAGAGGCUGCAGGUGGAGAGGAAAGUGCCAGGGUCAAGGGUCAACUGAUUGAGGUGGACCUAUCAGACCUUAAAGGUCCACAGGAGGACGGUGGCGCCGAUGUUACAGAGGAGGGCGAGCAGAAGAAUGUGCUAGGUUUCUUCUUUAAGGAUGAUGAGAAAGCAGAGGAUGAAAUGGCAAAACGUCGUGCCGCCUUCCUCCUCAAACAGCAACGUAAAGCUCAAGAGGCGAGACUACGCAAACAGCAGCAAGAAGUGGAGAGCGAGCUCAAACGUGAUGAGACCAGGCGCAAGGCAGAGGAGGACCGCAUUCGCAAGGAGGAGGAGAAGGCGAGACGAGAGCUCAUUAAGCAGGAGUACCUGCGGAGGAAGCAGCAGGCGUUGAUGGAAGAGCAAGGUCUGGUCAAGCCUCGCCCACGCACUAAAUCCCGCAGGAGCAGGCCGAAAUCGCUGCACCGUGACGAGUCCAACAGCUUCUCCAAAGGAUCCACCACACGUAAUUCUCUGAAGAGGUCCAUGUUGAUCAAAGCCCAGGGCUCAGCAGCAGGCUGCGGGGGAGCUGAUCUGAGCUGCAGUCAUCGAGGAUCGACGCUCUCUUUGGCGACUGAGGCAGACAGCGUCAUCUCUGGAGGGGCAGAGUCCCAGAGGGCUGGAUCUGUGUGCUCUAUGGAGUCGUUCCCCAUGCUGAGCAGGACGUCCAGCAGGAACAUGGAGAGGGACUGGGAGAACGGCUCCAUAGCCUCUUCCAUCACUUCAACAGAGUACAAUGGUCCUAAACUCUUCAAGGAGCCGAGCUCCAAGUCCAACAAGCCAAUCAUCAUCAACGCCAUCGCUCACUGCUGUCUGGCUGGAAAAGUUAAUGAGACCCAGAAGAACGUGAUUCUGGAGGAGCUGGAAAAGUGCGAGUCCAAUCACCUGAUCAUCCUCUUCCGCGACGGCGGGUGCCAGUUCCGCGCCGUUUACUCGUACUCUCCGGACACCGAGGAGAUCGUCAAAUUCACAGGCACGGGACCGCGCUUCAUCAGCCGGAAGAUGAUCGACAAGCUCUACAAAUACAACUCAGACCGCAAGCAGUUCACCGUCAUCCCUGCCAAGUCGGUGUCGGUCAGCGUUGAUGCACUGACCAUCCACAAUCACCUCUGGCAGGUCAAGAGACCGGGGAGUGCACGGAGGAAGUGAGAACGAUGACACUCAUUAUACUUUCUGUUCUAUUUUGUACUGUUGGGCAGGACCCAAUAAUCUCUGAGAUGAUGGUAUCAUGAGAUGAUUCGACAGCGGGGUUAGACGUCAGUCUGUGGCAGAAUAUCAAACACCUGCCGACUGAAUGUUUCUUUUUGUCUUGUUAGCUUUUUAUUCUGCAUGUAACACUUGUAAUUUGUGGGUACGUCCUACAUUAAUUAGGCACUACUGAUUAUGGAUUCCGAUGUAGCAGUGAAGAGGAGAGUCAAACACCACCGAAUCUACUUACAAGUGUAACUACAAGCAGGAAGUGGUGGACAUUGACUUGAUCAUGCUAUUUCAGCUUGGCAAAAAAAAUACCCAACUGCUGUGAUUAAUCCAGGCUCCAUGUCCAGAGCCCCAGUUAUUAACCAGGAACUCCUACUGGUCAGUGCUUUUAUGAAGAGGGAGCUUUGAACUUACGUUUUUUUUUAAAAUUGUAAGUAUGGAAUGGAUGUUAGUGAGCGGUAAUGUCCAGUCUCGUUUUCUAUUUAGUGUGUUUGGGGCUGUGUGUGAGUCUUUGUGUUAGGGAAGGAGAGAGCUGAAUGCACUGCUUGUGCAUCCCGCUCUGAAUGUGUUCUCUUUUGAUUAUGCUUUAAAACUGCAACUACGGAACUACAGAGCAAAGCAACAAAACGUUUUUUUUUUUUAGUUUGGGAGCUGCUGUUACAGAAGAGAAAGACUUUCUACAGAAGGGGAAAUUGUACUAGUUUUCCAAACAGGAAGCACUUUUCAGAUUCAGUGCAUUAUACAUUUUCAGUAGUGCAUUAUAUAACUUCACACCUAUAUUCCAGCAUCCGUAUAAGCCACCCGAGAUCCCUAACUGGCUCAUACUGCUGAACCAAAAUGAUCCGAGCUACGCCACUGAGCUGUUUGCUGCUCAUUAAGCUCUCACUGGAUCCUGGUGAGAUGUGUGAUUUUAAUGUAGCUUCUGGCGCUCCACACUAGUAGUUUCUCUGUAAUGAUUGACUGUCAGCAGCUGGCGUUAUGUGAGGGGGUGGGGGGGGGAACUGCACAAUACUUGAUAUUUGUUUGCUGCAUUUUGUACAUUUUUGAGUAGUAUUUUUUGUACAUUACGUACAAGUUAUGUUUACUAAAAAAGCAGGCACUAUUUUGAGGUUUAUUC